CACUGAUACGCCUUGUAGCCCAGCAUGCAUGCUUCUCACAAGUAUUUUAACACAGCUUCAUAUUCCUCUGCUACCAUUCAAUAUUGGCGUUUUACUUAGGGGAAUUUCUUCUUCAUUGAAACAUUCUUUGUGCUUUGUAUUAUUAUUUUACAUUUCAACUGGAUACUGCGCAUGGUGAAAAGGCCUUACAGGCACCAAGACUUUGCAAUCACCACAAAUACGAGUUAUGAAGAUAUAGAGACAAUUUCAAUAUGAUUUUACAAGUAUCUGGUCCGUCGUGACAGAGACAAGAUAAUGUUGGUCGCGCAGCUUUUAGUCUGGUUGAACUCCGCCAUCACUCUCUCCGCAUUAUUCACGUGUCCGGAAAUGACGAACUGCGCAUGCGGCGAAGAAACUGAUUGGUGGCUGAAUGAAUGGACAAAUGUUAAAGUGGUGAACUGUUCUUAUCGUGCCUUGACAAGAAUUCCAAAUCUAAGUCUUCUUACAGACACACCAUUCCACAGACUUUUACUUAAUAAUAAUAACAUAACAGAUAUUAGACGUGAUGAUUUUAAAAACAUAUCGGUUAAAGAAAUUGUGUUGCGUAAAAAUCCAAUGAAAAGAAUUCCACAUGAUUCGUUCCAGGAAGUUAGACAUGUUUUAGAAAUUCUUGAUUUAGAUAGUGAUAGAAUAACAAUUGAUGAAGGUCUGCGUUUCCUUCAUGGACUUUAUAAAUUAAAAGUUUUAGAUCUAGGGUACAAUAGGUUAAAGAAUGAAUAUGACGAGUUUCCUUCAGAAGUUUUUGCUAAUGCUAACUUGUCGUCAUUGACAACGCUUACACUGCAAGCGUUGCAGACGACAAAAAUACAUGACGGAGCGUUCUCCGGUAUAGAAAAUUUGGAGCAGCUGGAUCUCUCUUAUAAUUUCAUUUCAGACUUCCCUUCAGAAUUACGCAAACUGAAAAAUUUGCAAGGUCUGAAGUUGUACUCAAAUGAAUUAACAAGUAUAAAAAAUAAUACAUUUGCAGGCCUGAAAAAGCUAAAGAAACUUCUUAUUGGUGUCAAUGAAAUAACUGCUGACAGUAUCGAAUUAGGAGCGUUUAACGAUCUAGCUGAUUCUAUUGAAGAAAUAAACUUUUAUCAAAAUCCGUUGAUGAGAGUUCCUUCAGAAGUACUUCAAAAUUUGAAGAACUUGAAAAAGCUGAGUUUGGUAAAAACAAACCUAGAAUCUGUAGAAAAUGGUUCUUUCGUUGGUGAUUACAAAUUAGAAGAGUUGCACUUGGACGAUAAUCCUAAACUAAGGUUUGAAGACGACGGUUCUCUCAAUGGUAUAGAAGAUUCACUUCAAGUACUGUUUAUACGCAGGUUAAAUUUAGAUGCAUUGCCAUUAAAUGUGUUAGGACGACUGGGAAGCCUCUAUUACUUAGAUGGAGCCGAAAAUCUUUUCACAAAAAUUGAUAAGCAUUUCUUUAACGGUCUUAACCUUUCCAAUAUAAAGCUAAUGUGGAACAAGAUCAAGCAUGUGGAUCAUAGAGCCUUUAUGAAGAUGGACAAAGGUGUAAUUCUUGAUCUCCAUGGCAAUGACAUCCAUGAUGUUUCAUUUAUUCUUCAAAAUGAGGAAUGUUUUUUCCAAGAAGUAUAUUUGACUAAGAAUAAAAUUCCAUGUGAUUGUUCGGUAGAAAAGGUUAUAAACAGUGGUGUGGUCAGUUGGCAAGUUAUUGGAGAAUGCUAUGUCGAGACUAGUGGAAGUAAAAGGUGGUACAGUUUUGACGACACCAAACUGAUGGGACAUUUUGGAAAAGUGUGUAAUAAAACCCGUACUUAUUCGAAAUGUUUCCAAAGCACGUCUGGUUCCGGACGCCAGUGUUUAUUUAACUUAAUUUAUUUCUUCAUUUGUGUCAUUUUGUCUAGAACUAUAUUAAAGAUUUAGGAACAAAUUAUCUUAGGGACCGAGAAGUAUGGUGAAAAACAAAGAGUGAUGUUUAGGACAUUUUCUAUAGAUAAGAAGGGAACAUAAUACUAUACCUUGUCAAGUACGUGCAUGAAUGCUCUUUACAUUUAUAGUUAGUUUAGUCAUUUAAAAUGACUUAUAAACAAAAAUAUUUUUUAAAAAAACACGAGAUAACGAAUUUUUGAAAUUCUGUCAAUACGUGAGAAGAUGCGUGAAUACGCAAAUACGCAUAAUGAUGAAUGUACCUAAGUGCUGGUGAAUCUUGAGAACACAUGUACAUGUGUCUAAAUAUAGACCAAAUAUAGAUCAAAACUUGUUUUACCAUUUUAUCUUUUUAGUCUGUUAAAAUGUAGUUUUGCUUCAAGUGUAGUCCUAACUAAGUUAAACAUGUCAAAUUGCUAUUAUUACAUAUUAAGAUAUUAAAAUGGUCUUUUAAAAAGAAGUUGAAUUUAUUAGCUGACACGUGCCUCAUAGGCAAGCAUUAACACCUGUUCUACUAUAUAUGUAAAAUGGACUUGCCCAGUUUUUAUGUUUUUUAUACUGAAGUAUUUAUUGUUAAUGUAAGGGAUUUCAACAUCAAAAUACUAAUAUUAAGCGGCCAACAGUUUAAAGUCAAGUCAGAAUUAUGCAGGCUGUUCUUGCGAGCAUUCAAAUCAUUGAUGACGCCAUGUACUCUGUUUUUGAUGUUCAAAAUAAUGGAAAUAAAAACAUUUUUUCGGA